AACGAAGACCACCCCUGCAUGAUCGAUCAUCGUACUUAUUUGCUUGUAUUUUCUGUCAGUCAAGGAUAGUCGUGCCUCGUCCUCAAUGAUGUCCAGGAGUAUACAACUUAUCUCUUUGCCCCAGCAACGUAAAAAAAGCAAAAUGCACCAAUCUAAACGGUAUUCGACGUCUGGAUCCUCCUUGAGCUGUACUAGAUCACGCUACUUGCCAAGCAUUUUGUGAUUUUUUCUUGCUUGUGCAGCUCCUUCUUCUGUCUGCUCUUGAAAAACUGAAUAUGGACGUCGUAGCCAGGUUGUCCACGUCUCGGAGUCGCUCACGAUCUCCGACAUUUCCGAGCACCAAUGGCGACAUGAUUUUCAACCCGUCCCCCUGCUCGGUUGUUGCAUCAGUGUCCUCGCAAGCACAAGGUCGUGUUGACGCAAAGAACUACAACCAGAGCACGGCCACGACUUUCAGGGCAAAUACUAACGAGACUACUUCCAGUAAAAAGACUAGAAGAAAUAAACUUCUGCCUUUUACCGACUACAAACCCAGCGUGGAAGACUACGAGCGAUUAACGAUCUUCAGCAUACAGCAGCAAGAAGAGCGCGAAGAUUUACAUAAUCAGCGCGAAGUAUUGCAGACGGCCCUAAUUCCAUACACGGAGGACCUGAUUCCCUGUUACCACCAAUGGAUGACGGACCCCUACCUUCAACAGAUGACGUGUUCCGAGCCCCUGUCGCAGCAGGAAGAACGCGAGGCCUGGCGCGGUUGGGUAACAGAUCCCUGUAAAUUAACAUUUCUGAUUGCCGUCCCGGAUUCUGGGCGGGAGUAUGAUUGUCAUGAUUCAUCUGGUGCUUUGCCUGAAGACACGGUAAAUGGUGGCGUCCUAAAAGAGCACAUCGCGCCGUCUGAACCUGAAGAUAAGGACGCGCAUGAUAGUGAAGAUGCUCAUGGUCAUGCCACUACAUCAAAGCUCAGUCGACGUCCUGGAUGCGCACACGUGAGCCGCAAGAAGAGCCCUGUUCAUAAAGGUGGCGACCAGUCCGAUGAUCUUGCUGUGCAACUUGAUGAAUCGCUGCAGCUUCCAAAAAUAGCCCUUCCCGCACUACCCGGUGAGCAGCCAGUGAAGAUGUCAGCCAGCAGCAAGGAAACAGGUGCCGAAGCUGCAAGUUUCCUGGCCAACAAAGCCAUUGCGGGAAGGUUUCCGUUUCCAUGCCUAAGUCGUCACGAACAGAUUGAGAAGCUUAACGAGCGCUUCAAGAGCAACAGGUUGGCGAGCAGCUCCGAUCAGGUCUCAGCAACGGUCGUAUCCUGCGCAACUGCAUCUUCUGCUUCUUCGAGUUCAUCAAGUUCAUCAUGUUACUUGUUGGAUCACUGUGCGUCCCUCCUCCCGUCCUGUCCGCAGCUGCUUCCCUUUCUGAAUAUUCAAGGUGUCGUCCCAGCUGGUGCCGCCGUCAUAGAGCAGCGGUCGCCCGCGAUAACGCCAGGCGAUUAUCCGCGAAAGGGCUACAACGCCCCAGAAGUGGAUGAGCAGAUUGGGAAAAUACUACAGCGGCUCAAUUUUCAGCCUCAAGGACAAGACACAGAGCCUCAGACAGAAGCCCCCCCGAGGACAGUGGCGCCUUUCUAUUUGCUCGACGGAACAUCAAACUAUAUGCGCCAUGAUGAGCUGGAAAUCGGAGCGGCAAGAAGGCCUCUGACAGCUUCUACAGCAGCUCCGCGCCUCGCUCUGUGCACGAAAAACCUCGUACCAUGCGGGGACGUUAAUUUGUUUUGGGAUGCGGAAGAGCAGAUCGCCGAGCUGAAUGUAAUGAUAGCUCACGAGAAAUUUCGGAAAAAGGGUGUCGCGCGCCAAGCGGUGCGGCUGCUGAUGUUAUCCAUCGCAAUAAAUACGUCUAGGUCUGGAAGAUUGCAAGAUUUGUCAUGGAAUUUUUCCAUCAAGACCCACAAAAUGAAAAUCUGGAAAAAUGCGAGGCUUAGCAUUAUAUAUAAUUAGGUCCUGCAGCCCCCUGUUGGUAAUGCCUUUGUAUUCUGCCGCAGAAAUUGCCCCCUUGCAGCAUGGUCAGAUAUGAGCAUCUUUUGCAAGUCAUGCAGCACAGAUUUUUAUGUAAGCCUAUAAUUCCCCAGGCCCAGCACGCUCACGCAUCAGCAUCACUUCCACAACUAGAGUAGCCAGACAUAUUUGCAUUCCAUAGGUGUCUUACGCUCACCAUGCGCUGCACGUCAACCAUUUUCGGGCAAAGAUCUUGGAAGAUAAUGCUGCUUCGAUUCGAUUUUUCGAGGACAAGCUAGGAUUUGUCCUGCACUCGCGCAAGCCAGUAUUUAACGAGGUUUGGUAUGACCUGCGAAUAAAAUAAGUACUCCACUAGACCACGUAGAAUGAAUUUUGCCGAUAGUACAACUACCGCCCUGAUGCAGCUCAGUUUAGGAUUGAUGACGUUGUUCUAUCUUCGUGCCUAGUCUUCGCAGCUCCUUGCAGGCCCGGUUUCUUUCUGGUGUGGCGGGGACGCUUGCGCUUCCAAAUUCGACAUAGUGUAUGCACUAGAGUUUUUGAAACUAGGAGGCCUUGUGGGAAGCAAGACGUGGCAGCACUUGCAAUGGAAUGCGUUGCACAUUGUCAUUGAUGUAAGUAAAAAGGUAGUACUAAGGAAGUGUAGGAAUUUUUCACAAGCUGACGCUACUGGCGGGAGGUCAUUAUACGGGACUAAUACAUAGCCAUGUACUCUGUCAGUAUCGUGCUCAGAGAAGCACCCGAGCCAUUCCUAUUGUGAUGGAAGUCACUCCUCGCUUCUCUUUGUCUUUCGACUUAUAAAAUAUUUUGCAGCAGCACCGAUCCUCGGGGUUUUCUUUAUUUCCAAAAUGCGUACGCGUGGAUCUAACCGUCUACGUCGUGCGACACACACACAUAGAAAAUGCGAACCACAGUACUAGACCAAUGAUCUGUACGUUGUAGAGACAAAAAUUAAAAGAGAAUCAAUAUCAUUCCUUCUGGGAUCCUGAAAAAGUAAAUCGAAAUGGACCUUACGCUUACCCUGUUCCACAAGCGCAUUCCUUCGAAAUAAAAAAACAUAACAUGCUUCAAGGAGGAGGACCACACCAAUUCCAAUGUCCGUUCCAUCUGUUCAAGUAGAGUUGAAG